CAUCUACUAUGGUCUGGUGGCACAUUUAUUUAGUUUUUUUUACAGAUUUUUUUCUCAAUCGGGUGUCAUGUAGGCCCUACUCCCCAAGCCACCCAAUGCACCUGCUACGGUCAUUGAAGUCUUUGCCACACUGCAUGCCCUUGUUUCUAGGGGGCUCUGUGCCCGUACGCUAGCUUCUGUUCGCUUGAUCCUCCCUACCUCUUCUGUCCAAUCCAUAUGGGUCAGCUGCAUGCAGGCAUGCACCAUUUUUUUGUGUGAGUGCAUGGUGUACGUGUGUGUAUGCCCACUAUCUGACUAUGGACUUUCAAACACAAAGGAGUGCAUGGAUGAGGGACUCGCCGAAACAGCACGCGGUACACUGUGCGUUGAGCAUGAAGGCCCUUUGUGUGGGAGCCAGUUGUGGUCAUAUUGAGCACUGUACUUGAUCAUCUGAGCAAGCCAGGAACGAGGAUGCGGGGAAAAGAAUUGGCCGAGAUAACGAUGCGGAUUUUAGGGUUAGAUAUUGCAAGAUUGUGCGAUGAGUCGCUGCGUACGGCAGCUUCUGAGCUCCACCUGGUGUCGGUGGCAGUCCAUGACAUCACUGCCGCUGCCGGCCAAUCAGGGGCUGUUUUCAGUCGCCCGUCAGCGGUGCCCGACAAUCCUCGGCGUUGAGCGGGCCGGUUGGAGCCGGCCGUCAGUGCGACUGUUCCACCGCGCGGGACGGCAGUGCUGCGCUGCUACAUCGUCCCCAGGUACCGCUGUCCCUAAUGAUGAUGAUGAUUUGGGAAAGCCGGCUAUCGCCAAGACCUUGAUAUCGGAGGGUCCUGAGGGAGAUUCAGAGUCAACAGAUCACGAUGGAAACAGCCUGGCCGGGUUGGAUCUGGGGAAAACCUACAUCCCGCCAGUUUCGACAGACAAUCUGGAGUUUGGGGGAAUACCAUACUACCGCCUACCAGUAAUACACAUCAAGGCCACGUAUAACAACACCCACAUAAACAUCACGGACCACACCGGAAAAAGGAGCUACACACGAACGACAUGUGGUGCCGAAGGGUUUAAGAAUGCCAAGAAAGGAACAACGAUUGCUGCACAAACUGUCGGCAUAGCAGCGGCCACCAAAGCACUGGACAAGGGGUUGAAGACUGUGAGAAUCGUGGUGAAAGGAAUCGGCCCAGGAAGACAGGCAUCCAUUAAAGGUUUGCAGAUGGGAGGACUGGACAUUGUGUCCAUCACAGACAACACGCCCAUACCCCACAACGGAGCCCGGCCGCGAAAAGCCAGGAGGUUAUAACAAUGUGACAAAACAGCACAGACUCUGCAAAAUACUGAUGGUUGGCAGUGUCAACCUGCUUUGUGCCCGAUCUGUUGAAAGACAUCUGACUUGUGUUAUUUUUUCAAUGGUUCCGGACUGGUUCCCAAGAAUGGUGUCAGACUGGUUCCCAAGAAUGGUGCCGGACUGGUUCCCAAGAAUGGUUCCUUGACUGGGUCCCAAGAAUGGUGUUGGACUGGUUACCAUGAAUGGUGCUUGACUGGUUCCCAAGAAUGGUGCCGGACUGGUUCCCAUGAAUGGUGCCGGACUGGUUCCCAAGAAUGGUGCCAGACUAGUUCCAGAGAAUGGUGCUUGACUGGUUCCCAAGAAUCGUGCUUGACUGGUUCCCAACAAUGGUUCCUUGAAUGGUUUCCAAGAAUGGUUCCUUGACUGGUUCCCAACAAUGGUUCCUUGAAUGGUUUCCAAGAAUGGUGCCAGACUGUUUCCCAAGAAUGGUGCCAGACUGUUUCCCAAGAAUGGUGCCAGACUGUUUCCCAAGAAUGGUGCCAGACUGUUUCCCAAGAACGGUGCCAGACUGGUUGCCCUGAAUGGUGAUGGACUGUUUCCCAAGAACGGUGCUGGACCGUUUCCCAAGAACGGUGCUGGACUGUUUCCCAAGAAUGGUCCCAGACUGGUUGCCCUGAAUGGUGCUGGACUGUUUCCCAAGAAUAAUGCCAGACUGGUUGUGAGACUGGCUUGACUGUUUGUUUGGCUUCUCUCCCAAGCCAUUUCAACCUGGUAUUCCAGAGCCAAGCCAAACCAAAUAGUUUUAGGAGCGACUCAGGUCAACCCAAAUAGAAUUUGAUUACAGACUGGCAAACUAUGCAAUUGUUGUGCUAAGCAAACAGCUAAAUACCAGUCACAAGCAAUGUACAUCGCAAGGAGUUUUGGCCGGUAACCUGAUUAUAUUUAGCACGUUUUUUUUUGUGCUUAAGCAAAUUUUGUGCUUAAGCAGCUCUAUGAAAUUGGCCCCAGAUAAUAUGGCCCAUUAGGCCAGCGUUUAUCUCUGGUUUCAGCAUUACGAAUUUCAAAUGUGUUGUCCUUUAUGAUUGAGGAUUGAUCCAAAAUUGGUAUAAAAAGAAGGGAGUAAAUUUUGUGUCUCAUUUUGUCAAAACAGAGAGUACACAAUUGCAAAGUCAAACGCCAUUUCUAUUGUGUGUGAAAGAUACAUUUAUAUGUUUGGUACAAAAAUGUAAGUUUUAUGAUCGUCGAUAUACGAUCAUUGAAAUAAAUGAGUGUGAAAAUAGUGCAUUAAUCGU